ACAGGAAGCAGUGAGGCAUGCUCAUACACUCAACCCAGAAACAGUGAAAAAAUUGCGAAAAAGAAAGAAAAACGCCGAAGUCUCAACGACUGAUUGACGGGAAUUUGACCACUGUAUUUGUUGUUUUAUCGAAGGUAAUCUGAAAGGAAGGAGACAUCGGAAACACCGCUUAUAUUUAAUUGUGGUGGAUGCAGUUGAUUGAAUCCAAAAGGAGAGGUCUCAGUUGACAGCAUGGGACAGCACCUGGGCAAACGUGAGAUGCAUCUUGAAGACAAGGCACCACCUUCAGAGCCCGGAUCAGGUCAGACGGUGACUGAGCCAGAAUCAGCGGAUGACAACGAGGUUUUUGGCCAGGGCGAGGCAGAUGUGAACCAGAACAAUGGGAGCCCCUCGGAGAAGACAGCGGCGACUGACUCCACGGGAGCAGGGGGCCCGAAGAAUGCCUGGAGCGGUGCCAGCACAGCUGACCCCAACGCCGCCCGCCCCCACUUGGUCCGCCUCUUCUCCCGAGAUGCCCCGGGACGGCAGGACAACACCUUCAAAGACCGGCCCUCGGAGUCAGACGAGCUGCAUACCAUCCAGGAGCACGGCGGAACGGGCACGGAGUCGGGUUCGGAUUGCACGGAGAAGGACACAGACUAGAGCUGCUCUCUCCCCCCCUCCCCCGACGUUUUUAAACCAACUGACAGAACCUCUGAACCCCCAAACCUGAUCUAUCGACAC